AAACGCGGCUUCUCUUCACAAGCUCAGUUUUAAUAAGUCAGUAGAAGGUUUAGGUGAAGAUCUGAAAAGCUCGGAGUUUUUUUUUUUUUUUACCCGUUACCCAGUUUUUUGUGGGCUUUAUUGUUUUUAUUUUUGCGUUUAUUCACGUUUAUUUACGGACUUAAAUCUUUUGUUUACCAGCCUGGUGCGCUCAGUUUACCUGCUUAGCAACCGCCUGCAUUUUACAUGAAUAAUGUCGAAACAAACGGCAGACCUUAACUUUAAAGGAGCGGACGAAAACCCAGCAGAGAACCCAGAGGACGGUGGUAGUACUACAUGUAAGCCACCAGGGGGAGACAGAGGCCUGGAAGGUGCAGAGGAGGUUCGGACAUCCAGGUGUUCAUCAGCUCAGCUUUAUGCUGCAGAAGAUGAUCACAAUGAUGAGUACGAUGGUGCCGAGCUGCUCCAAAACAAGCCAGAAGAUGCUGCAAACUCCACAGCUACAGUGAAAGUGCUGCUGGUGCCAGAGGGUCAUGUGAUGACUGUGGCUUUCACCAUCGGACUCAGCAUUCUGGAGCUGAAACGUCACCUAGCCUCGGAGCUAAGAGUACCUGCAGAAGUGCUUCAGCUGUCUCUAGACGGCAGAGUGGUGGAGGAGCAUCAGAGCUUGAUGGAACUUGGAGUUCGACCUCACAGCUCCAUGCAGAUGGAGAUGAGCUCCACCGACCCGAAUUCCCAUCCACUCCGCCCUCUGUGUCCUGCAGAACAAGACAGCAUGCCAGAUGUCAUCACUGUUCGAGUCCAAAAAGAUGAUGGGGUUUUAACGGAGGUUGUGAUAGAGAUCGAGCGUUCCUCCUAUAAAAAGCCUUGGCUGGGUGGCUACAAGCAUCGCCUGACUGGGGUAGAGUACCAUCAUGCUGCUGUCCAGACCCUUCCCAAGAAGAGACCUGUCAGAGGUGUGGAGGUCUUCAGUCAUCAGACACAGACAGUAGAGCUGAAGUCUCAGUCCCAGCAGUGUUCAGUCAGCGCCUCAACACAGAUGACGGGUAUCGGCUGCUACGUCCAGUGUGUGAAUGACAGGCUGGUGACUCCUGGGAAAUACAUCACCGCUGAUGAGGUCCAUGACCGCAGGCUGAAAGCUGUCAUCUGCCUGCAGUCGUUUGCUCGACGCUGGCUGGCUCAGCAAGCUGUGGAGCGGCUGAGGAGGCAGCGACGGUCUCGGCUGGCCUGGCUUGACAUGAUGGAAAAGAGGCGGCAGGAAGAGAAAGACAAGCAACUGAGAGAUCGGCAACGGCGCUGGAUGAAUCCACAGAGGAGGGAGGAUUUUGACCUGCCGUACCACGCCCUGGAGAAGUGGAGAUCUGAGCAGGAGCAGCAGAUAAAUUCCACCCUGGCAGGGGCUCCCAGGAAGGCAGCUCUCUGUUUGCUUUUAGAGCAGGAGAUGGAGCUCAUCACUGCCAUUGGGCGUCAUCACACUGAUGUACGGGCAAAGAACCAUGAUAAAGUUAUAAAGGACUUCUUGGACAAGUCUGCAGCUUCGCAUCAGUGGAGAGCAGCCGAUGGCCGCCUCCUUGAGAUGGACACGCCCAAUAGCAUCAGGGCCAGAGAGCUGCGAGACGCCUACAACAACAUCAGCAUGAACUCCGUCAGCAGAGAGCAGAGACUCAACUUUCUGACCACGCUUAAACACAUCGUCAUGGUGCAUGACUGUGAGCUGACCCGGGACAUCGUGGGUCUGAUUGAAAGGGAAGCGGACCUGAUGGCUCGAGGAGUAAAGGCACGCAACCUGGUGGGCCUGAGAAAGAGGAUCUGCACGCUGUUCCUCCAGUACAUCAAAACACCGGUGUUCAACCCCAAUGUGGCCAAGCUGCUAAAGGUGCCCCAGAAUCCCUCCCAGCUGUACAAGGAUCUGUUUCGCUGCCGAGGCUGUCGUCGCUACCUGUGCUCUGCUGACAUUAGUCCAGCGCCCGGAGGCUUCCUGGGUGUUCUUUGCAAGCACUGCGCUAGAACCGACAACAUAGCAAGACCUCGUGAAGACCUCUCUUUAUACAGAAAUAUACUACAGAAGCUGAGAACCCAGGAGCAAACUCUCAGCAAAGAACCAUCAAUUCUCACUCUGCUGCAGGUGGAAGACAUCCUCUACCUUACAGAAAAGGUUUGGGAGUCUUGCUCUGCUCUCAGCGGCAGCAAGGACCUCUACAAGCUGGUGUUUGUUCGCUGGGAGCAUCAGGAGGACUGGAGUCCCUGGAACUGCAUACUUCUGUCCAAUGAAGAGACUUCAACUCACCUAAAGAUCAAGGAUGUCAACAAGGUUUAUUCCACAACGUUCACACGCUGGGUUGGACAGAAACACAAAAUUGCUCGAGAAUACUUCAGCCAGAUUCCCACUCUGGCUAAAUAUCUGGAAUCUCAGCCAGCUGCUGCCGUGGGAAACCAGUUCGACUCCCAUCACAUCACUAUGGCGACUGGCAAGCAUGCCCCUGACAACACAUCAGCCUCCUCACAUUAAAAUGGUUGCUGUCUGUUAGUGAUUGUUGCAGCCUCUGCCAGCGCUGCUUUAGCCUGUAGCACUGUGGAAGAUUUAAAUUGAAAUAAAACAAAUUUAUGACGGCUUUG